GCCCUGUAGGCGGCUCCGCUCCCGUCGGCCCGGUGCUUAUCGGGGCUCAGGGACUUAGGCGCUGGGGGCUUUUUGGUGCCGAUCCCUCCCGUCAAAUGACCGUCAAAUGUUGGCGGAGCAGGCCAGGAGUUUGCCAUCUUUGGAUGAAGGACGGGCAACUCGGGGAGAGUGCCAGGAUGUUGCUAGCAUGCGCAGGGAGAAAAUUCGACAAGCCAAAGCCCAGCAAGACCUUAGUCUGGCCGCCAUUGUUCGAGAUGAUGAAAACAAUGUUUUUACGAACAUAUUAGUAGCAAGAGGAGGGCCAAGGAGAAUCUCCCUUCUUUAUUCGACGUGGUGGGGAACAUCACCACCGAGGAGGAGGAAAAGGCUGAAGUUCUCAAUGCCUUCUUCACUUCCGUCUUUAGCAGUGAGACCUGCUAUUCUCAGGGUACUCAGCCCCCUGAGCUGGAAGACGGGGCCGGGGAGCAGAAUAAACGCCCGUCAAUUCCCAGUGCCUUCUUUACUUCUGUCUGUUCUGACUGUUGCACCGGUGCUGGACGUGCCGUUACUAUGAGCAACCCAAGGAGAACCAGACAGUAUAUAUAUAUGUGUAUGGACUCUGCAAAACCUUUGUGCGCGCUUUUCCCUUGUUGUGUUUUCCUUCCGCCUGUGAUCGACCGAGAAAGAGAACCUGCCCCUCCACCCCUGCUUCCAACCAGAAUCAUGAAACACUGUCACACUGCGGUGGUAACCAUCUCUGCAUUCCUGUAACAAAUCCUUGCUUUUCUUUUCUGUCUUUUUACUAUUGCUUUCGUCAUCCCGCCUCCCAUCCCCCGGCCUAGCUAACCAAAACUUUCUACAAUAAACCGGUUGGGCAAAUAUUUGUCUCCUUUCUGAGUUUUAAUCUCACAUCGGGUAUACGUAUAUAACGAACUGUCUUGCUACCGAUACAUGGAGCCACACAGACGCCCACCUCCAAGAAGGGUCGGAUGGAGGAUCUGGGGAACUACAGGCCUGUCAGCCUGACCUCAGUAUCGGGGAAGGUCAUGGAGGAGAUCACCCAGAGUGAGAUCACAGGGCGUGUGCUGGACAACCAGGGGACCGGGCCUAGCCAGCGCGGGUUCCUUAAAGACAGGUCCUGCUUGACCGACCCGAUCUCCUUCCAUGACCAGGUGACCCGACUAGUGGAUGAGGCAAAGGCUGUGGAUGUAGUCUACCUAGACUUCAGUGAAGCCUUUGACUCUGCCUCCCACGGUAUUCUCCCAGAGAAGAUGGCAGCCCAUGGCUUGGGCAGGUGUACUCUGCCGGGUCAGAACCUGGCUGGACGGCCAGGCCCAGAGAGUGGUGCUGAAUGGAGUUCAAUCCAGCUGGCGGUGUAUGCUAGCGGCGUUCCCCAGGGAGUCAGCGUUUGGUCCGGUCCUGAUUUCUAUUUCAGUUGAUGAUCUGGACGAGGGGAUUGAGCGCACCCUCAGUAAGUUUGCAGGCGACACCAUGUUGGGAGGAAGGCUUGAUCUGCCUGAGGGUAGGAAGGCCCUACACAGGGAUCCGGAUAGGCUGGAUCGCUGGGCCGAGGCCAAUUGCAGGAGCAUCUACGAGACCAAACGCCGGGUCCUGCACUUUGUUCACAACAACCCCAUGCAACGCAACAGGCUCGGGGCAGAGAGGCUGGAAAGCUGCGCGGAGGAAACGGAUCUGGAGGCAUUAGUCAACAGCCGCCUGAACAUGAGCCAGGAGCGUGCCCAGGGGGCCAAGAAGGCCAACGGCAUCCUGGCUUGGAUCAGAAAUCAUGUAGUCAGCAGGACGAGGGAGGUGAUCAUCCCUCUGUACUCGGCGCUGGUGAGGCCGCUCCUCGAGUACUGCGUGCAGCUUUGGGCUCCUCACUACAAGAAAGACGUUGAGGCUCUGGAGCGUGGCCAGAGGAGGGCAACAAAGCUGGUGAAGGGACUGGAGCACAAGACCUAUGGGUAGCGGCUGAGAGAACUGGGAUUGUUUCGUCCGGAGGAGGGGAGGCUCAGGGGAGAGAGACCUUAUCGCCUCUUUACAACUACCCAAAAGGUGCUUGUAGCGUGGUGGGGGUUGGCCGCUUCUCCCAGGUAACUAGCGACGGGACAAGAGGUAACGGCCUUGCGCUGCGCCGGGGGGAGCUUCAGGUUGGAUAUUCAGAAAAACGUAACAAGUUGUCUUAUUCCGCUUCUUCAAACAGUUUAAUUCAGAGUCAUUCACAGCUGCGAUCGUCAGUCCCGCAAGCGGAUCUACUGCUGACAAAUCGAGAUUCUUUGAGGAACGGCCGCACAAUAAUUUCAUUUAGCAAGUUUCAAGUCUUUAAUUUCUAAUGCAAAUAUUUAUUAGCAUUUUGAAACUCCCCCACUCCAGUAAGCCUUGAAUGCAAUCGCAAUUCAACAAAGACUCAAGCAAAGCCAGAGGCCUAACAAAGCGCGAGAGGUGAUUACAUGUAAAAGCCUUACGGUGCCUGUAGCUACUCCUCCUUCUGGUUACGGAACAAUACUCCUUUUUUUUUUUUUUUUUUUUUUUUUUAAUGUUUUGUUCAUAUUAAAAA